AUGUUUUCGUUGCCUAUGAUCGCGCCGCGCCCAGACGCCAGCCUCUGGCCCUCCCACCACACCACCCACGCCGCUUUCGAAGAUACCCACCCGAAUUCCCCGCCAGACACAGCCCACGGCCAAAACCAGCGACGCCCUACCUCGCACCAUGGCCCUCGUCGCAUUCAAAACCAGUUCCUCGCCAGUCUAGCCGCCGACGAAAACACAAUCGCCCAGCGUAAGCUCAAUGUUCGCAGAUUCGGCGCGGGCUGGAUCCGCCCGCCCGGUGUCACCAAAACACUCCAAGCCAGGGAGGACGAAAAGUUCGAGAAGGAGGAACAAGAGAUGAUGCAGCGCAGAGAGCAAGCUAUGAUGGAUUUGGCAGCCGCACAACAAGACGCCGCAAAUGAGGAACAAAGGGAGAGAGGAGAGAUGGCGGAAGAGGCUGGAGAAGGCGAAGAAGAAAGAGACCUUGACGACGAAGUCCCCGAGGCCGAAAGUACACCCAGCGCAUCCGCCUCCGAGGUCUCCAGUGACGAAGAAUCAGAGGAGGAAGCUAGCGAAGUCAGCGGCGAUGUCCAGGAAGAAAGCACAGUACCGUUCAACGAGGAUAGCUUCAUUGAGGGCAGCAUGUUGGAAGCAGAAGUAUCGCAUAUGUUGGAGAUGGAGGAGGCUGAGAUGGCAGGCGUCCUGCAAGAUGAGCGCGAUCUCGAUGACGAUGUACCAGAAGCCGGGAGUUACGAACACACGGAUUCCGAACUCGAAGAUGAUAGCGACGUGGAUAAUAGCGCCCUUCCACCUGGUCUGGCUUCUGCGCGUUCGACGCGUUCACAUAGACGCCGCUCCAGUGGUCGUCGUAUAUCGAGCCGCAGAAGUUCGGGAUUGCCUGGGGGCAUGAUGUUUGGAGGCGGACAUCCCGCUGUUGGAAGGGUUAGUCUGGGUGUUGAUCUGGGGAAUGGGCGUAGUAGCUUCGGCAUGGAUGGUAGUAGUUCGCUGCUUGAGGGCAGCUCGUUCUUGAGGAGCUCACCUGCAGGGAAUGCGGCGGCUAACAGGGGCAGUCUGAGAGAUAGGUUCUUGGGGGCCGCGAGGGGUGGCGGUGGAGGAGGCGGAAGGAGGGCUUGA